AUGAGGCAACUUGGAGUCCCCACUGAUGUACGAGGUCUGCGCACCACAGCAGGCAGCACCAGCGGCGGCUGGCGAGGCGGCCUGGGGAGCUCCAUCACAGCGUGUAAGAAGGUUCUUCGAAGCAACAGUCUGCUAGAGUCUACAGACUACUGGUUACAGAAUCAGAGGACGCCGUGCCAGAUUGGUUUUGUGGAAGACAAGUCUGAAAACUGCGCUUCCGUUUGCUUUGUGAACCUGGAUGUGAACAAGGAUGCGUGCAGCACGGAGCACCUGCAGCAGAAAUUGGUCAACGUUUCACCAGAUCUUCCAAAACUUAUCAGCUCCAUGAAUGUCCAGCAGCCAAAAGAAAAUGAAAUUGUUCUUCUAAGUGGGUUAACAUCCGGAAAUCUCCAGGCAGAUUUUGAAGUUUCACAGUGCCCUUGGCUGCCAGAUAUCUGCUUGGUCCAGUGUGCGAGAGGAAACAGGGCAAACAGUACCAACUGCAUCAUCUUUGAAAUCAACAAAUUUUUGAUCGGUCUGGAACUGGUGCAGGAACGGCAGCUCCAGCUGGAAACAAACAUCCUGAAGGUGGAAGAUGACACAAACUGUUCCCUGUCUUCAAUUGAAGAAGACUUUCUCACCGCAUCGGAGCACCUGGAGGAGGAAACUGAGGUGGAAGAAUACAGGAAUGGUUAUGAAAAUAUAAAUGCCUCCGCUCAUGUUUUGGAAAGUCAAAAACCAAAGGAAGUCACUCAGGAGGAAUGCAAUGACAACAAGAAAAAUUUGCUUUAUCCUUCGGAAGACAAAUGCAUUAGCAGAUCUCAUACCACACUGAUUAAAGCAGAAGGAUCUCUGGAAAAAGUAGAAGGCACCAUUUUACAGAGCCUCGAUUCAUCAGCCGAGCCAUCAGAGUGGACAGGCAAAGCUGUGCAGAAUGAGAAGCCAGCCAGAAAUUACUAUUCCCCAGAGAGUUAUAAAGGGCAUGUAGAAAAGUCACAGGCACCAUAUAUUCCAGGGGAUGUUCAUUUCCCUGGGAUGGUUAAGAAAGGUGGGCCUUCCGUGCACGGUACCCUCACUGAGCAUGGCAGCAGCUUAGACCCAGGCGACCCUGAAGACGGCACAAACUCUCUUCCUCCCCACCAAGAUGGAGAAGGCACCGCUGGGGAGUAUGCCACAAAUUUAGCAGAAUCCGUGCUACAGGAUGCGUUUAUUCGGUUAUCUCAGUCGCAGCCUACGCCACCCCAGGAAUCUGCAGUCGGUGUUUCUGUAGGAAGCGCUCUGCUACCCAGUGGCUGUUCCACAAAAGGUAUGGUGGUCCCGCGGUCAUGGAAUGAGCUCCCCAAAAUCGUCAUCGUUCAGAGUCCAGAUGGCAGCGAUGCUGCCCCUGAGGCAGGCAUCUCCUCGUGGCCUGAGAUGGAAGUCUCUGUUGAAACCUCAGGGGUCCUCUCUGGAGAGAACUCCGGCAGACACCCUCAGAGCGCUCUGGAAGUUGCGUUAGCUUGCGCGGCCACUGUGAUUGGAACUAUUUCCAGUCCACAGGCCACAGAGAGACUUAAAAUGGAGCAAGAAUCUUUGGUUUCACCCCGUCCACUGGGAGGCAGUGACCACCUGCAAAGUCAAAUAUCCCAAGUCCUCAAGGAACCUUCUGUCAGCGAAUACUCCUUUCCAUCUGCCUUGUGUGGCAUGACCCAGGUGGCGAGCGCCAUUGCUGUUUGUGGCCUCGGCGAAUCGGAAGAGGCGAAGGCUCCAAGUGGCCUCUCGUGUGCAGCUGAGGCUCAUGCAGAAGUCCCCCCACUCUGCGGUUUGGCGACAGGUAGCAGCGUGGAGCUGGGAAGCGAGGCCAUCGCACAGGUAUUACUCCAGGAGGCUGCGCUGGUUUUAACAAGGCCCGACCCCCACAGCGGCAUCGGAGACCUCAUGGAAUCGGUGAGCAGGAGAAUCCUAGAAACGGCUUCAAAGCCUCAGACCCUGUGCUCAGAAAACGUCCUCAGGAAUGAGCUGGCACAGACCCUCUCUAAUGUUAUUCUGGAGCAUUCCAUUGAUGAAGCUCUCCAGAGAAACAGAACAGUUGAUCCCAAUGUUAGCAGACAUUCAUCUGAGACUCUUGACACCUUGAUGGAAAGUACAAACCAGCUGCUCUUCAGUGUGAUAUGCUUCACAUUCAAGAAGAUGAGGCAUUUUGUACAGCUUGGUGAAUGGCCCACUGUCCUUGCUAAUGAGACCAUCAGAUGGAGGGAAACGGACUUAGGCUGCCAGCCACCUGAUCAGGCUGCUAGUCUAGCGUGGACAAGAGCCACCGAACAUUCCAGCGGCCAGCCACUUGGUGGCAAUCCGCGGAGUGCCAGUCUUGUUACCAAUGAUCUUCUAGAUGACAUUUAUCUGAAGCAAGAUAGGAGGGGCCCGGCAAAGCCAGGCCUCUUCAAGAAUCCCACGCUGCAAUCUGAAUUGCCCUGUAGUCCCAGGGGGCCAGAUUCUUCACCUGCUAAAACACCCCCCAAGGAAAUAGAUCUAAAAGGAACAGUGGGAGAAGAUCCAGACAAGCCUCAUCAGACACCCAGUUACAAUGAGAAUGAGUUCAGAGCCUCUUCAGAGAGAGAGAGGACGCUGACCGUGGGCAAGUACAGCAGAGGUUCCCAGGAUGCCAAGGACAGCGUCAGUAUAAACGCCCAGGAGAAGUAUAAUCAUACCUCACGUCUGAACAGUGAGAUUCAAGUUAACCUGUCUUUGUUAGGGAACGACUUCCCCCUUCCUGCUCAAUCCACGCUACAGGCAAAACAUGCAGACCUAUACUGCAUUACAGACUUUGCGGAAGAAUUAGCAGAGAUGAUUGUCUCCAUGGCAACCGAAAUCGCAGCAAUUUGCCUUGACAACUCCAAUGGAAAACAACCCUGGUUUUGUGCAUGGAAAAGAGGGAAUGAGUUUCUGGUUACCCCGAACGUAUCCUGCCGAUCCUUGAAGAGGAAGAAGGAAAGCCAGACCAGCGGGGCCACAGUGAGGAAGCACAAACCACCACGGCUCAGCGAGAUCAAGAGGAAAACGGAUGAGCACCCAGAGCUUAAAGAGAAGCUGAUGAACAGGGUGGUGGACGAGUCCGUGAACCUUGAGGACAUCCCGGAUUCGGUCAGUGUUUUUGCAGACGAAGUGGCAGCCAAGAUCAUGAACCUAACAGAGUUCUCCGUGGUGGACGGCGUCUGGCAAGCCCAGAGCUAUCCCCGGAACCGGUUACUCAGUGGAGACAGGUGGAACCGACUGCAGGCUUCCAGCUGUGAAAGCAUUCCAGAGGAGGACUCCAACGCCAGGGCCUACGUAAAUAGCCUGGGUUUCAUGAGUACCCUAAGUCAGCCAGUUAGCAGGGCCAGCUCUGUCUCCAAGCAGUCCAGCUGCGAGAGCAUCACUGAGGAGUUUUCCAGGUUCAUGGUGAACCAGAUGGAAAAUGAAGGAAGAGGGUUUGAGUUAUUGCUGGAUUACUACGCAGGCAAGAAUGCCAGCAGCAUCCUGAACUCAGCCAUGCAACAGGCGUGCCGUAAAAAUGAGCACCUCAGCGUGAGGCCAAGCUGUCCCUCUAAGCAGUCCAGCACCGAGAGCAUAACAGAGGAAUUCUACAGGUACAUGCUGAGGGACAUCGAAAGAGAAAACAAGGACAGCACGUCCUCCAGACGAAGCAGCCAGGAUUGGACAGCUGGCCUACUGUCACCUUCUCUGCGAUCCCCCUUGUGUUACAGACAGUCAUCCAUGCCAGAUAGCAGACCCCUGGGUGCCAGGCUAACGGUGAACACGCCCAUCAAAGCCAGCUCCUUAGAUGGCUUUACUCAAAACAGCCAGCAAGAUUUCCUAAGUGUACAUCCGGUCAGUAGCACUUCCUCAUCCGGUCUCUGCAAAUCUGACUCUUGCUUGUAUCGGAGAGGUGGAACCGACCAGAUCACCAACAUGUUAAUUCACGAGACGUGGGCAAACUCCAUCAAGGCCCUCAUGCGAAAGAACAAAAUUAUAGCGGAUGAUGCUGAGGCAGCUGAGCCUGUUCCUGGUGGCUCUCCCAGGCAAAUGGAGAGAGGUGCAAACAGAUCAUCUUCAAGCAGGGCACAAAGUGGGCCCACUCUUCUGGCGCAGGAGUCCAUCGAUAACCCGAGGAAAGACUCCAUUACCGAAAGCAAGCAUCCCCCAGUGUCAGCUCAGAGCAAAGCUUUUCCUCUUACAAACCACAACGGUUUAGAUUCUAAAAAGGAAACGUCUUCGUGCCAUGGGUCUGUCCCUGUAAGCCACAGCAGGUGGUCCCUGUGCGCCAGGGAUGUACCUUUAAUUCAAAUUGAAACAGAUCAGAGAGAAGAGUGUGUUGGAGAACCUGAACACUUCUCUUCCAAAAGCAGCCCCCUAGAGGAAGCAGAGGAGCAUUUGAAAGAUGGAAAAGUCCCCCAUGUGGCGAGGGAUGGAGACAUUGCCGAGAGUGCCUGCCAAAACCCCAGUGCCGGCCUUGAUGUAGCAGAGGCGGAGGUGUCCGCAGAAGGCAGAGCCCCCGAUGAGUUUCCCAACCUUCCCAGCAGCAGUGGGGAGAGCACAGACAGCUGGUCCCAGCUCACCAACGAGGAGGACAAUCCACAUGAUACCAGUAGCUUUCUUCAGCUCAGCGAGCGAUCCAUGAGCAAUGGCAACAGUAGUGCCACUAGCAGUCUUGGCACUGUGGACCUGGACAUUUAUCAGGAAAGCAUGCCUUCUCCCAUGAUUAAUGAAUUAGUAGAAGAAAGGAGACUCUUAAAGGACAGUCAGAAAACGUAGAGGAAGGCGCCUCUGGAGUGCAGGUGGGAGCGGCCAGCCCCCAGGGGAGCCUGCUGGUGAUCAACUUGACCUGGAGCCAGAGUGCCCUGACGCUGAGCUUCGAGCCACUCUGCAGUGGAUAGCAGCCUCUGAACUUGGGAUCCCC